AUGGAUGGGUUCUCCGGUUAUAACCAAAUCCGUAUGAGGGAGGAGGAUAAAGCCAAGACGUCAUUCACCACACUAUGGGGCACCUUCUACUAUAAAGUCAUGCCGUUCGAUUUGAAAAACGGCGGAGCAACUUAUCGUAGAGCAAUGGUCACCCUAUUCCACGAUAUGAUGCAUAAAGAAAUAGAAGUGUAUGUAGACGACAUGAUAGGCAAGUCCAAAUGUGGUGAGGAUCAUACUAUAGUAUUGAGAAAACUGUUAGAACGGCUCAAGAAGUAUAAGCUGAGGUUGAACCAUGCGAAAUGCGUAUUUGGGGCAAGGUCGGGGAAGCUGUUGGGGUUCAUGGUCAGCAACCGUGACAUCGAAGUUGACCCCACUAAAGUCCAAGCCAUCCUUAAACUAGGUCCUCUUUCAAUGGCUAAUGAGGUGAGGAGUUUACUAGCCGGAUUGAAUUAUAUCACCCGCUUCAUAUCCCGGCUUUCGGAGACAGCUAAACCCUUCUUUAAGCUCUUGAAGAAGAAUGCCAAGAUCAAGUGGGACCAUGAAUGUCAGCAAGCCUUUGACGAGAUCAAAGCAUAUUUAAGUCGUCUCCCGGUCUUGCUAGUCACAAAAGAUGACCCAAUCAAGUAUUUCUUGGAGAAGCCGUCGUUAGUAGGGAAGUUGGCAAAGUGGCAAGGGCAUAUCGCCCUAGAGGAAGAAGAGGCCGAAGGCCAUAUCCCGAUACUCUCUGACAAUAAGUGGAUUAUGUACUUUGAUGGCGUAGUCAAUCUAGCCGGGGCAGGCACCGGGGCGGUCUUAAUAUCCCCGGAUGGCCAACACUAUCCCGUGGCUGCAAAGUUGACAUUUCCAUGCACCAAUAAUGUGGCGGAAUAUGAAGCUUGUAUUCUUGGGUUACAAUCGGCCCUCAACAUGAAGGCACGGAAGUUGCGGGUUUAUGGGGAGUCAACGUUGAUCAUCCUACGGACCCUAGGCGAAUGGAAAACAAGGGACUCUAAGCUCAUCCCAUACCACGAAUUCUUAGAGCAAAUUAUCAAGGAGUUUGAAGCAAUCGACUUCGAGUACCUGCCAAGGACUCAAAAUCACUUUCUGGAUGCUUUGGCGACAUUGGCUUCUAUGCUCCGGGUGACAAAGGGCAUAGAUAUUGAGCCGUUGAGGAUUGGCAUUACCCAAAAACCUGCACAUUGCAUGGUGAUUGAGGAAGGGUUUGAUGAUCAACCUUGGUAUCAUGACAUAAAAAAUUACCCGACGAAGGGCGAAUUUCCUUCGGGAAGUCAAGCGGGAGAUAGGAAGUACAUAGCGAGGAUAGCUGGCAAGUUUUUCCUUAGCGAUCAAAUUCUUUAUAAGAGAUCCUACGAUUCGGUGCUCCCGAGGUGCUUAGAUGCUAAUGAGGCCAAGCUACUUAUGAGAGAAAUUCACGAGGGAGAAUGCGGCCCCACACAUGAAUGGCUAUCUCUUCACUAA